GCAGUAUGCACCUUUUGAGUCGCAGUAUACGAAGGAGACAAAAGAGAAGAAGAAAGUGUGCAUUGAGAUUAAUAAAUGGAGAGCAAAAUGUUCGGCGGGCUUCCUGAGCUUGGGAUAUCUAACGGCGAGGACCUUAAAGAGACUCUCACCAACUGCACUGAGCCACUCAAAGCUAUCGACCAGUUUCAGAUGGAAAAUGGCAUCCUCCUGCCAACCCUCCAGUCGGCUCUCCCCUUCCUGGACCUGCACGGGACACCCAGGCUGGAGUUCCACCAGUCCGUCUUUGACGAGCUCCGGGACAAGCUGAUGGAGAGAGUCGCCACCAUCGCAGAGGGCAAGGAGGACGACAGGUACGGCAAGCUGGAAGAGUUGCUGGAGAAAAGCUUCCCGCUGGUCAAAAUGUCCUCCAUCCAGCCGGUGGUCAUGCAGGUGCUGAAACAUCUACCCAAGGUCCCUGAGAAGAAACUGAAGCUGGUGAUGGCGGACAAGGAGCUGUACAAGGUGUGCGCUGUGGAGGUGAAAAGGCAGAUCUGGCAGGACAAUCAGGCUCUUUUUGGGGACGAGGUGUCCCCGCUCCUGAAGCAGUACAUCGUGGAUAAAGAAGCGGCGCUGUUCAGCAGCGACCUCUCCAUCCUGCAUAAUUUCUUCAGCCCCUCCCCCAAAAUGCGACGUCAAGGCGAGGUGGUCCUGAAGCUGACGCAGAUGAUCGGGAAGAACGUGAAGCUGUACGAUAUGGUGUUGCAGUUCCUGCGGACGCUCUUCCUGCGGACGCGGAACGUUCACUACUGCACGCUGAGGGCCGAGUUGCUGAUGUCCCUCCAUGACUUGGACAUCAGUGAGAUCUGUUCUGUGGACCCCUGUCACAAGUUCACAUGGUGCUUAGACGCCUGCAUCAGAGAAAAGUUUGUGGAUGGCAAGCGGGCCCGAGAGUUGCAAGGGUUCCUGGAUGGAGUCAAGAAAGGACAAGAGCAAGUUCUUGGGGACCUGUCUAUGAUCCUGUGUGACCCGUUUGCUUCCAACACGCUGGUGCUGAGUAUCAUGAGGAACCUGCAGGAGCUGCUGAGCCAGGAUGCUUUACCCAGGGACAGUCCUGAUCUGAUGUUGCUUCUAAGGAUGCUGUCGCUCGGCCAGGGAGCCUGGGAUAUGAUCGACAGCCAGGUCUUCAAAGAACCACGCCUGGAUCUGGAGCUCAUGACCCGCUUUCUACCCGCCAUGAUGUCGGUGGUUGUGGACGACCACACCUUCAGCGUGGAGCAGAAGCUUCCCAAUGAUGAGAAGAGCUCGCUGGCGUAUCCGACCUCCUUGCCAGAUGCCUUCAUAAGGUACCUGCAGGACAACCGAGUGGCUUGUGAGAUGGGUCUGUACUACGUUCUUCACAUCGCCAAGCUGAGGAACAAGAACGCCUUACAGAGGCUGUUACCCGCUUUGGUGGACACGUACAACGACAUGGCCUUUGGGGACAUCUUCCUGCACCUGCUGACCGGACAUCUCACCCUGCUGUCGGACGAGUUCGGAGGGGAGGAGUUCUGUUCCGUGGUCUUCGAUGGCUUCCUCCUGACGUCGUUUUCCAGUAAGGAGAACGUGCACCGACACACGCUGCGCAUGUUGCUGCAUCUCCACCACAAAGUCCUGCCCUCGUACUUGGAAACCUUGAAGAAAACUCUGGAACCUCCCAAGCAGAGCGGCGAGCCGGUGAAGGAGCUGCACAGCCAGCUGACGGACAAGAUGGACGCCCAGAAGAAAAGUCCUGUCGUGCCGGAAGAGCCGCCGUCGCUGGAUCUCAGCCUGCACCCGGUCAAAGUCACUCCCGCGGCGGCCGCCACGCUCUGACCAGGAUGUCCUGCUCCACGGAGACGGCUUGGAUUUUCUCCCACGCUACAUCGUUCUGCUUUCAUCCACGAAUUAUCGUCCGAACUCCAACCUCCCCCCCGUGUGACUUUGACGUCGUUUAUUUUUUUAACUUCUGACUGAAGUGCGUCAAAGAAAAGGAAAGUGGAGUCAAAUUACGAAAAACGUGCAGGAAUCAAGCUUCCCAAAGGAUAAAGUUGUGUUGGGGUUUUUUUUUAGCAGAAAGUCUGCUGCUGCUGCGAAAUGAUUACCACUUCCUGUCUCUUCCGUCGAGUUUCCUGUCUUUGACGAGUCCUUCAUGUGUUGAAUGAUUCACAUAAGUCCUACCUUCAAGGGGAACUGCACGUCUGUCAUUCGCAAACCUCAUGUAAGUCGUUUUUCUUUUUUUAUACAUUUCAAAUCAUAAAUAGAUGCUAGCAAGAGUCAGCCAAUGACAGUCGCUCUAUUCCGCCUAUAAAGCGCUUAAAAAAAACGCCAUUAAUGUUUAUAUAAACACUGUAUGUAUAUAUGUAAUGUAGUAUCCGUCACAUUCAUAAUAACAUGUGUUAUUAACAUAUUUGGAUCAUUUUAAGUGUUAAUUUCUCCGACUCAUAACAACAUUUACUUUCCCUUCAACAAGAAGAAGACUACUAAUCAUGGCAGACUUGAUGAGUGACAACAAAAAUACUACUUUGGGACAAAUGGAAGUGAUAUUUUUGAGCCUGAAUAUAAGGAGGACGAUCUACAGGUUUCAGAAGCUGUGUGCUAAACAGAUCGAAAAAGUAGCAGCAUUGCUAAGUGCUAAACAAGAUAUACAAACAUAAUAAAACAGUCACGUGCUGUACAAUGUCUGCUCUCACUGCGAUAAAGACUGAUGCGAUGUUUAUAUCUUCCUCUUUACAUCAACUAUUCAUCAUUUCACAAACAGUGACGGGUCUUUCUUGCCAUGAUAUCAUGUGCAACACAAUCAGUCCUGCAGAGUGUUUGGUUGCGUGUGUGAUAUCAUGUGCGAUACAAGAAGUCCUGCAUAGUGUUUACUUGUGUGUGAUAUUAUGUGCGAUACAAGCAAUUCUGUGUGAUAUCAUUUGCGAUUCAAGCAGUCUUGCAGCCAGUUUGCUUGUGUGUGUGAUAUCAUGUGCGAUACAAACAACACUGCCGUGUGUUAACUUAUGUGAUAUGUUUGAUACAAGCAGUCCUGCAGUGUGUUCACUGGUGUGCGAUACAAGCGGCGAAUUUAGUUGUGUGUGCUCUUGAACGGAAUUGUACUGAAAAUUUAAAUUUCACAUUAGGGACCAAUAAACUGUUGAACAAUUGAUAUCAUGUGCGAUACAAGUAGUCCUGCAGAGUUUACUUGUGUGACAUGUGCGAUCCAAGCACUCCUGCAGCGUGUUUACUUGUGUGUGAUAUCAUGUGCGAUACAAGCAGUCGUGAAGAGUGUUUACUUGUGUGUGAUGUCAUGUGCGAUGCAAGCAGUCCUGCAGCGUGUUUACUUGUGUGUGAUAUCAUGUGCAAUAAAAGCAGUCUUGCAGUGGGUUUACAUGUGUGUGAUAUUUGCGAUACAAGCAGUCCUGCAACGUGAUGUGUGUGAUAUCAUGUGCAAUACAAGCAGUCUUGCAGAGUGUUUACUUCUGUGUGAUAUCAUGUGCAAUACAAGCAGUCCUGCGGCAUGUUUACUUCUGUGAUGAUAAGUUUACUUGUGUGGGAUAUCAUGUGCGAUACAAGCAGUCCUGCAGUGUGUUUACUUGUGUGUGAUGUCAAGUGCGAUGCAAGCAGUCCUGCAGUGUGUUUAUGUGUGUGUAUCACGUGCGAUAAAAGCAGUCAUACAGUGUGUUUACAUAUGUGUGAUGUGUGCGAUACAAGCAGUCCUGCAACGUUUUGUGUGUGAUAUCAUGUGCGAUACAAGCAGUCUUGAAGAGUGUUUACUUGUGUGUGAUGUCAUGUGCGACGCAAGCAGUCCUGCAGUGUGUUUACAUGUGUGUAAUAUCACGUGCGAUAAAAGCAGUCUUGUAGUGUGUUUACAUGUGUGUGAUAUUUGCGAUACAAGCAGUCCUGCAACGUGAUGUUUGUGAUAUCAUGUGCUAUACAAGCAGUCUUGCAGAGUGUUUACUUGUGUGUGAUAUCAUGUGCAAUACAAGCAGUCCUGCGGCAUGUUUACUUCUGUGAUGAUAUGUGUGAUACAAGCAGCAAUUUUACUUGUGUGGGAUAUCAUAUGCGAUACAAGCAGUCCUGCAGCGUGUUUACUUGUGUGUGAUGUCAAGUGCGAUGCAAGCAGUCCUGCAGUGUGUUUGUGUGUGUAUCACGUGCGAUACAAGCAGCCAUGCAGUGUGUUUACAUAUGUGUGAUAUGUGCGAUACAAGCAGUCCUGCAAUGUGUUGUGUGUGAUAUCAUGUGCGAUACAAGCAGUCUUGCAGAGUGUUUACUUGUGUGUGAUAUCAUGUGCAAUACAAGCAGUCCUGCGGCAUGUUUACUUCUGUGAUAUGUGUGAUACAAGCAGCAAGUUUACUUGUGAGGGAUAUCAUGUGCGAUACAAGCAUUGCUUCAGUGUGUUUGUGUGUGAUAACAUGUGCAAUAAAAGCAGUCAUGCAGUGUGUUUA